AUGGGACAAAUUUUUAGAGACAUCACAAACAUAACAGAUUGCCAGAUUAAGAUAACAAUACACAAGCAGAAGCACAAGGUUGCCCUCUAUAAGUGGCUGUAUGAAGUGUGCAAUGACUUUGAAUACAGUUCAACCACGUACCUGAUAGCAUUGUUCGUCAUUGAAGAGUACACACAUCGGUACAGCUAUGAAUUGAAUGAGUACCAGUUGAUUGGAGUAACAUGCCUCUAUAUUGCGGCCAAAUACGAGGAAACCACUACCAAAUCAGUCAAACUGUACGAGUACGUAACAGAUGGAGCAUGUAAAAUUAGUGAAAUAUUUGAGAAGGAAAAGGCGAUAUUGGAGUGCCUGAACUACGAUUUGGACAAGUUGAUAAGCAGUGCAAUAAUAAACUUCGAUUUUGUGGUGCAAGUAUUGGACAAUGAGAGCAUUGAUGUGGAUCAGGCAAUCAGAUUUGCUCUAUUCAGCUGUAUAUUUGCUAUGAAUCUAACAAAGGAAACCAAUGGAAAGGAGCUCAUCCGCCUGGUUAUGAAGACAGCAAAGCAGACGACUAGUGCCCUGUUAAACAGAAAGCUGUCCCAGGAGUCUCUGAAAUUCAUCCAGUCAAACAAGACGCUACACGAUUAUUUUGUAAAAGAGUAA